AUGGCCUUGAACAACCCAUCUUUUGGAUGGGAGAAACUUCAGGAAACGUUCUAUCGAAAUAGAGAGUUGUGCGAAUUCAAGGGCCAUAUAAAGGGUGACUUUAGUUGGACACUUUCAACAACGCUGCUUACCAUUGAGCGCUCUGAUACUUUGGACAUAUAUCAGUACAAUGGUAAUCAUGUUUUAAGUGUGAAAUUGGAUCAGUUGCCGUUGGAGCCACUGAAAUAUGCUUUCGACCAACACGAUCAUGAAGCGCUUUUGAUUAUUAUGCCUGAUAGAAUAAGGAAAUACAAAUCUUGGAACCCUGUUCAAUAUGUGGAUAUGUCAUUACCUGAGGAGUCGCAAGAUACCAUCUGGGACUAUAAAGAUAGAACUUUGAUCACAAGAUCUUCUCAGGACGUGUAUUUUUACGAUGGAAAUGGCAUUGAAAGAAUCUUUCAAAAUAAAGACGACUUUACGCUGCUGAAGAAGGACCAAUGGGACAGUAAUGGCGAAAAAGUCAUACUUUUAGAUGUCAACGACGUGUUUGAGGUCAACAUAAAUGAUAAACAAAUUACGAAGGCUUUUUCUAACGAAUCCUGGCAUAAAGUCGUCAUUUCGCCUCAAGGAUUUGUUUGCAUAACAAACGCUAAAACGAAUGAUGUCAGGAUUUACAAAGAUUUAAAUUUUAGUCUUAUGGAAACAGUGCUGGAAACUUAUCCAUUGGACACCUGUUGGUGUGCUGAUGAUACGAUAGCAUGCAUUUUGAAUGAUGGCGAAGUACGCCUUUACAGUCCAACCUCCGUUCACAUUUCAUUCUGGAUGCCUGGAAGUAUACGUGCUUACAGAACAGAAGCUGACGGAUUAAAGGUCAUGGUGCUUGAAAAAUGCUAUUUGAUCUCAAAAGUUCAACAAAGUACUGCGAACGUUUUUUUGAUAGGUUCUAUUGAACACAGCGCAAUCUUGCUGGAUUCUCUGAAUCUUCUCUCUGCGCAUGCUCCCCGCGCCGUGGAAAAUUUGAAGAUCAUAAAUUUGGAAACAGCGGUAGUAGAGUGUUUGGAAGCCGCAACCGAGGAGCUUGAGCCAUACUGGCAGAAGAAGCUUCUUUCAGCAGUGGCAUUUGGCAAAGGUUCUUUGUCAACGGAAAUUUUUAAUCCGCGGUCGGUCGUUGAAACAUGUGAUAAACUUCGAGUUCUUAACGCUUUGUGCGAUAUGGGCAUGCCCCUAACCUUCAGAGAAUUUGAGAAGCUAACUUUAGAUGGUGUCUUAAUGAGACUUUCGAGACUGCAGCUAUUUCAUGAGAGCGCUCAAAUUUGUGAAUUUUUAAGAAAGAACGACAGAUUACCUAAAAUUUUCGAAGACUGGGCCAAACUCAAGAUUUUAACGUCGCCGGAUGACUCUGACGAAGCUCUUUUAGGAGCGAUUAAAAACCUUGCCAAUAAACUGAAAGUUCAAUUACCCAUGGCAGAUGUUGGUUACACUGCUUUCUGUGAGGGACGUUACGAGCUUGCCAGAAAUUUGAUUCUUCUUGAGCCUUUGCCUGAGGUUAAAUUGCCACUACUUCUUGAGCUUGAUGACAAUGAACUGGCCUUGAGCGAGGGCAAGAAACAAGGCAACUCUGGCUUUCUUCUCUCCGUUCUCCUACUUCUCAAAAAAAAGCUGACAAAGGUGCAAUUUACCAAAUUAUUGACACUUGUCAUGCGUGACAAUGAACUUUACAAUUAUUACUCAAGAAAGGACGACAAUUUCCUUUUCGAUUUUUACCGACACAUCGACAACUAUGCAUCCUUAGGUCAGCUUGUUUGGCAGCAAGGCAUCACUACGCGCAACUUGGCUCAAUUUUUACCUCAGAUCGAAGAAUUCUAUAGUAGAGGGCAAAAUGAUCCAGUCAUGAAAGAAGAUCAUAAUUUGAUUGUGCGACAGCUGAAAAUUAUCAAAACACAAACUUCGUUGGAUCCUUCAAAUAACCCAGAUAUCGUCGAUCGAAGUUUAAAUGAAACUUUGAAGGAACUAUUAGUGCAAAAUCGGAAUAAAGAAGUUGAUUCUUAUGUUGGGAAGUUUAGAAUCAGCCAAAAGAAGUUUUAUCACCUGAAGUGCAGAGCUCUUGCACAGGCGGGAAGAUUCGAAGAACUUCACAAAUUCGCAAUGGAAAGGAAGUCUCCCAUUGGUUAUGAGCCUUUCUUUCGCUAUACUAUUGAACAAAAGCGUAAAAAAGAAGCAUCUGUUUACGUCUCGAUGAUUUCUGGCAUAAAGUAUGAAAGAGCAAUACAGCUUUAUCUGUACUGUGGCUCUUUUAGCGAUGCGAUUCAAUUGGCUUUCAAGGAAAAAGACGUACAGCAACUAAAAAGCAUUUACCAAUCUGUUCCAUCCAACGAGCCCCAUUUGAAAGCACUAGUCACUGAGGCACUAGGUAAGCUUUAG